UCUCUCCUUUUCUAUCUUAUCUAUCUCUUUCUCUCUUUCACUUUCUCUAUCUACCUUGAUAUUCUUAACUAAGUCGCCUAUACCGGACUACCCAUAAAUCUCUGUACGCUCUGUCCGUGUUAAGUCUGUUGUGGACCAGUGAAUGCAGGAAAUACGAGGAACGGAGUUGCGAUUCAUGCAAGCAAUAAAUCAGAGACCAACUACGUAUGACCACGGCACCGAAGAAGUAGCGGGAAUAACGUUACAGCACCGUAGAAGCACGAAACCGAAGAAAAAAAACGAUUGCCGAAGACUUUUUAGCCGCGCUAAGCGAGGAUAUAAAUACGCGCGCGAUAGUGCUAUACGUGUAAAAAUCCUAAAGAAGAAAAGAAAAAGAAAAAUCACACAAAAUUGUAACAUCUCGAGAUACUUGAAAAAUAGUUUUUUGAUCGGGAUCGAAGGCUAGAUUCGCAUCGCGAUUAAAGGAUUAUCCAGCGGAAAGGGAGAAAAACGAAGGAACAGUGAAAAAGUGAUUUCCCCGAAUCGUUCGAUCCCUCGCGAGAGACAACGGCUUCCCCAGGAACUCGCCGUGCGGAGAACGAGGAAGAAGAGGAGCGCGCGUGGCGGCAUUUGCGUAUUCGACAACGAUGGCAUUAUCCUGAAACGGGCAUGACGCCCUUGGCCUCGAGAUGCGACGAGACCACCACCCUCCUGCUAUUGCUGCUACUCGAACUGGCACCCGGGGCACGUUGCUAUUCGCGCGCUGCCACGACAUCCGCAUCCUCCUUACCGAGAUAGCAUCUACAGUCCUCGACGAGGGUGCGAAUGAUGCCGCUUCUCGGCAUUAUGACCAUCGCCGUCGAUAGUCCGACAACGACGUCCACGAGCGUCUUCGAGGGGAACAUGUCGUGGUCUCGACCGAUUAGCGGUGGCUCUACGUUUUCGAGUAACGAGGCCCACCCGACACGUGCGAUCUCGUACGGUGAACGUCAGACCGCGGCGGCUACCAGCGAUCGUGUUAAUCGCCUCCACGGAGGUGGCGGAGGUGUCGAGAGAGAAGAGGAAGAAGAAGAAGAAGAAGGAGCAACGAGGAAAGAAGAGGAGGAAGCGAACGCUACCGGGAACGAGGAAAAAUAUACCGGGGACGACGUGGCGACAAGAAAGGAAGCUUCCCACCAUUGUGGCCAGACUUCAGAAAUUCGAGUUUGUGGCAAGAACAAGAACACCGUAGGCGCGACAAAGAGUGGGGAAACUGCAUUUACUGGCGAAGAAAACGUGGCAGGGAUAGGCACCGGGGGUGGCGGCGGUGAACAAAGUGUCGACGGUAUAGGCAGUACUAACGAUAGUGUAAGUGUGAGUACAGCACGUGCAAGUGUAUCGAAUAGCACGGAGGAGGGAGUCGCGAUCGAAUACGGGAAGGGUCUGUUGCUCUUCGGUUUUAGCGACACGAUGGAGGACAUGAUCGGUUCGUUCAACGACUCGUUCAACACGAGUCACCGUUAUCCUUGGAACAUUAGCUUGUAUAACGAGACUUUGAUCGUUCGGGGCGAAGGUCUCUAUCCGUCGGGAUAUACCCUUCCGCACAUUGUGCUCGCGUCUAUUCUCGCGACGAUGCUGAUGAUCGUCAUCGUCGUGGGAAAUAUGCUAGUGAUAAUCGCCAUCGCAACGGAGAAGGCGCUCAAAAACAUACAGAAUUGGUUUAUAGCCAGCCUCGCGGUAGCGGACUUCUUUCUCGGCCUCGUCAUCAUGCCGUUCUCACUCGCGAACGAGAUUAUGGGCUACUGGAUCUUCGGUUAUUGGUGGUGCGACAUUUAUUCCGCCAUGGACGUGCUCCUGUGUACAGCCAGCAUCAUGAAUCUGUGCCUCAUCAGCCUCGACAGAUUUUGGAGCAUCACGCAAGCGGUCGACUAUUUGAAGAAAAGAACGCCGGCUAGAGCGGCGCUUAUGAUUGCUCUCGUCUGGCUGUUGUCGGCCCUCGUUUGUAUACCACCGUUACUCGGAUGGAAAAGACCCACCCCGGAGGAAGAGUAUCCCAAAUGCGUGCUGUCAGAGGACAUCGGGUAUGUCCUUUAUUCUGCCCUGGGCAGCUUCUACAUCCCAUCUUGUAUCAUGGUCUUCGUCUACAUACGUAUAUACUUCGCUGCCAAGGCUCGCGCGCGUCGCGGCAUCCGGAAGCAGCCACGUCCACGAGCGGCAGUUCCGCCGGAAUCGCCCGACGUCAGACAGACGAGCUUUACUCAGAGCACGCCGGCGACCGACGCCAAGAAAACACCGGGAUCAGUCAUGGAGAAUGUCGCGACAAUCGAGAACCAACCGGUCCAGAUACCGAUUGUCACGUGCGACUUCGCAAGUGACGUCAGCACGUCGGAGGCUGAUCCCGGUGGAGGCAUCAGUAUACCGAUGGAAGAGAAGGACACGCUGAAGGUGAGCGUGCCGGUACCGGCGCAAAAGAGCAGCCUGAAGACGACCUUGUCGGUGAACGGGGACGGACAAUCGGGCGGCCAGAGUGUGCCGGCGCGAUGCCGAGCGCCCAGCGUCGGCAUCGACGUCGACAUGGUGUCCGAGUUCGAUCCCUCAUCGUCGGACAGCGGCGUCGUGUCGAGAUGCGCGGUGGUGAAGCCGCUGAAGUUGCGUCUGUGCCAGCCGAUCUUUGGUCGCAAGCACAUAGGUAAGUUGAAGAAGGAGCACGGCGACGCGGCGCGACACGCCGGCAAGGACGAGUCAGGCGGCGGCGACGCCAAGACGGCGAAGCCGCGCGACCCGGAGAGAGAGAAGAGGAGACUGGCGAGAAAGAAGGAGAAACGCGCCACCCUGAUCCUGGGCUUCAUAAUGGGCAGCUUCAUCGCUUGCUGGCUGCCCUUCUUUGUUCUUUACAUCGUCAAGCCCCUCUUCCCCAAGUUUGAGAUACCCACGCAAGCCUUCGUGAUCGCUUUCUGGCUCGGCUACAUGAACUCGGCGCUGAAUCCUUUCAUCUAUACCGUUUUCAACAAGGACUUCCGCCGCGCCUUCCGCCGAAUACUGUUCAAAUGAGCGAUACAGUAUAGCGUCGACCAAGAGGGACGCUAGCGAUACCUACAUAUUAUCCACGCCUCGGGUACGCCGAUACAGAUCGUACCUCCAGAGGAUGUUCUUCUCGAUCGCAUCGCGCGAUGUUUCUAGUCUCUCGAAUUAUCCCCGAGAGAAACAUUGAUCGCAAGGCGGCAAGUGGAAUCUACAAUGAAAGAAUGCCUGCGAAAUAUAGAGUCGGAAAUGCGCGAGAGAGUCUCACGACAGAGAUGUUUCAGAUCGAGAACCAACUUUUCCACACAACCGAUCCUUUUUUUCGAAACACGAAGUGAACAUUGUGAAAAAUGCCUUUGACAAGGCGUACUGCUUAUGUAUAUCCCUUCGGGACUUUUGUCACCCUCCGAGAAGACGGAUUCUUCUUGCGUCCGUCGAAUGUGCAAUUUUACUCGGAGAAAAAAACAUUUACUCGAAGUAAGAUGGCUGGCCAAGCAAGAAAUUUUAAGAAGCUGUCGAGCUACGCAAAGGAAAUUUUUCUUCUACGUUGCUUAGCGACAAAACUACGAUAGAAAUCUCCAUCUCGAGACGAGAUGCGUUUAGAGAGAAUGUCUCGUUCAACUGGACUUCGUGAAAUUACGCACAUCGAACGCCGUAAAACGAGAUCAAGAUCGAUCAGGCUAUCUUUACACAGCUCGCAUGGAUCUUGUAACACGGUGCAUGGCGACAGAUCAACGAACUUUCGAUAAGUACGCUUCCAAGAUGGCUGGCCAAGGGAACACAGUCCGCCAUGCGCGGCGUACCCUCUCGGGUUUAUGAUAUAAUACCUUGCAAAGCGAGUCGCUUCGUAGACCAAGAGGCAGCAUAUCGCUCCUUCCUCCAUCUGUGCAUAUUUUUUUACCGACCAUUCUUCUUCCACAAAAGAAUAGAGAAUAGAGCAAGAAAGAGAGAGAGAAAGAGAGAGAUAAGAGAUGAUAAGCGCAACACUAUAUAAUGUAUAUAUCCCCGGCUCUGUCCCGGAUGGAGGACACUAUUUCCGUGCCUAAUCUCUUGGUCACGUUCACGAAAGGCAUGACAAUCCAAAGUUGCGUAUGCAACGCGCUUGCGUAGAUAUACACGGGCUCGCCGCUAUAGGAGGGAUUGCAAAUUCCGUUUGUGCGUUAAUGCACACCCGCAGUGGCGGAUACAGAAUCGCGUGAGAUGCAAUUUAGAACAGCAUUCAGUAUACGCGAUGGCGGCGGCGGCGGAAGACGACGAUCGAAGGAGCAUAAGAGAUCCUGUGCGAACAACGAUCAGCCGCGUGAACACCAGCCAGCGUUGAAAAAUCGUCGGCAGAAUCUACUGACAAAUAAAACGAGGAUGCGAGAAGAUAUAUAUAUAUAUAUAUAAGACACGUUUCCUAUAUUAUAUAUAAUUAGAUAUUCGCGCGUCGUAGGUCCGCUUAAGAAGGGCCUCUUUAAACAUCCGGCGUUCCAAUCGUGAGUCUUCGAUGUUAAUUUUAACUGGAGGAUUACACAUGUGUAGGAUUUAAUAAUUCUGUCACGUACGUGCAGGGUAUAUGGAAUUUGUGUGUCCGUGUAUAUAUGUUGUACGUAUGUAUGUGUGCGCGCGCGCAUUUGUGUAAUUCGUUCCUUUCGUGCGACAAAAAAGAGUACAAGAGAUACAGAAGCUUCUUUUUAUUUUCUAUAUUCUAUAGAGUCUCUUUUAUCGCGCAGCCUAAGUACACAGCAAUAAUUAAUUUUUCGUUUGUCGAAAACGCUCGUUCGUUCUCGCUCGGACGAGAUAUCGCGAGGGAAUAAAUCGGCGCGAAACGAUCAGUCGCGAAUUGUAUCUUCGACCAUACAUCGUUCGAUAUGUAUGUGCAUAUCGUAGAGAGUGUGCGUUUGCAUAUGUAUGCAAACACGUAUACAUACGCUAUCGAUGUGCGAUGAAUGAUCGCUUUGCGUCGAAGGGUCCAAAAUUGAAUGCAAAUCUAGAUAGAAAUAAAAAAAAGAAACUGUAUGUCCGUACAUAUAUACAUAUAUCUCCCUUCCAACUCAAAUUUAUUUUCUAUCAUAACCGAAGAUUUUAACCGGCGUUUAAUCAUAGCUUCGGUUAUGUUUGUUCGAUUAUACGGUGAAUAGUAUACAUAUAUAUAUUUUAUAUCAAACUUGUGGGCUGGUGACGGAAAAGUGGUACGUCAAACAAUAGAAGAUGAUCGAGAGUAAGCGGUUAAUUUUCACGAAGGGUACAAAGUAUAAUAGAUCCCGCCAAUUAGUGCACGCUCCUAAAGACAGAAACAUUCCGUGAGACGGAAAUCCCAUCCCUGUACCAGCAAACAGAUGCUCUCCUACAUCUAAACGUAACGAGUGAGUUUGCCGCUCGCAAAAGUGAUCAUGCGAGGAAAUACGGAAAUGUCGCGAAAUGGAGAGAGAGAGAAAGAGAGAGAGAGAACAACGUCCCACGCACCUGUGCUCGUCAUUCCGCGGUAAUAACCGGGAAACAAUAUUCCGCAUUUCAUCCCAUCAAGCCCGGAGAUCCACGUACCGUGCGAGAGAGGUCACGACACGAGAGAGAGAGAUUUUGGAAUUUCCCUCUUCCGGAAUUUCUAAAGUGCCGGUGACAGCCCACUUUUCUCCACCGCUCUCUCACUGGUGUUUUACUUGGCAAACUAGAGAGAAAGAGAGAGAGAGAGAGAGAGAAAGAAGGAAAGAAAAAUAACAGUAAGCUUUGACACCAUAUAUCCUAUGCACCCGAUAUAGCGUGUACAUUAACGAAAAUGUAUGCGCUCGUGCACGUACGUGACGCGCAAUACACCACAACGAUAAAUCGAUAAACACAGUUCGCGCGUCUGGUCUCGUGUUGUUUAAGAGUAUGCCUGUUUGGGUGCGUGCAUGCGUGCGUAUAUGCUCUCGCAUCUCGCUCUCCAUCCGCUCCCUUGCCUGUUUCCUGUCUAACUUUCAAAGUCUUCCUUGGAAUCCUUAUCUAAAACGUUCUCAUGCUAUCAUUAGCAUUAACUUUCCCGCGGUAAUCUGGCUCGCGAAAUUUCUCUAAUUUUACUCCGUUUUAAGUCUAUUUUUAAUUGCACAGCACCUUAUAUUAUGACCAAUCAAUUUAUUCCACGUACGAUAAUGUUGUAUAAUUUUCUUGUACAGCUCGGAGGAUAUAUCCUGAAAUACUAGUCUAUAAAUUCUGCCGAAUCUCCUGCUCUAUUCCAUCGAUACUCCACUAUUUCCCGCGUUAUCGCUCUCUUUUCCUUUUUUUUUAUUUCGAUUUCUCUCUCUCUUCUCUCUCUCUCUCUCUCUCUCUCUCUCUCUUUCUACCUGAUCCUGACGAUGAAAUGGUAAUUGAAGUGGUGGAAAAAGACCAGGAUGGGAAAGGGGUAAUUCGUGAGAAUAGCCAAGAGAGAGUGAUCGCGCGUGGAUGGUCGGGUAUGAGGGAACCAAUAUGGAAUUCGUUGAUAAGACUGUGGCAUUCGUUGAACGGAUUAUUAGCAUAGCCGGGAUCAAUAAGGGCGCGCGCCUCGCCUCGCCUUUUUCACGGUGGAAGGUGAGAGUAAAAGGGACGCGUGUUUCCACACUAUGCCAAUCGAUUGCACGAACGCCGACGGUCGUUGGACCCGUAGUUAUUUGCGUCGAACCGCCAUACGGCAAAUAUGCGGGACGGGAGAUCUUGUGAAGUCGCACGACCGCGAGCGUGUUGAUCACUCGUUGAUCGAUAACUCUUUUAUCGGAAAAAAAUAUUGAGUGGUUUUUCUUAAUUCUGUUAAUGGCAAUAUACUCGCGAUAUACUUGCUAUAAAAAAGAACAAAUCGAAUUUUUCAAUCAAUGUCUUGCUAGCAUCGAAAUAAAAAUACCUUUCGUGUUUACCAGUGUAAUUUAAUGUUAUUUAUCGUCUUCUCGUCUGUAAAAAUGUUUCCUUCUCAUGUUUUUAUUACAAUCGUGAGAAACAAAAAGCUUUUUGCAUUAAUAUCUCGUAUACGAAAAUAAAGCAAUUUUACAUCGGAAUUAAUGCUUUAUUUUGCACCAAGUAAAGUUGCAAACUUACUUCAAUUUAUAUCUUUCGUUUAAUAUGUGCCGAGCUUUUUCGAUCGUUUGAUUUUAAUGCUUAAAAUUCGUUUUCUAUUAUUACUAAAAUAUUUAUUAUAUUAUUUAUAACCUCUUUUAACAAAAGAUAUUUAAAGACAAAACUGUGCUAAUGUGAUCAGUUAGUGAUGUAAUCCAAGGAUUAAUUGAAUAAAAACUAAAAAUAUAUCACGUAACAUAUUCUACUUCUCGCGAAUUUCAAACGAACGGGAGAUAUAUUUAUCAAAUAUUAUCCUACAAAUAUACGGUGAUUAAUUUGACGGAGGAUUAAAUGGAGCGAAUGUGUCGGGAGCGAGAUACGAAUGUGGGCACAUGUGAUUUGAACAAAUUAUCGAUAAAUAAAAUACAUUGUAAGGCGUAUAAGACAUUAGCGAAUAAUAAUAAAUUUAAAAGAAAAUGUAAAUGGCCGUGCAAAGAAAUACCGUAAAAGAAUUAAGAAAUAAAUUGAAAUAAAUUUAAGUAGCAAGUAAGAAUUAUGACCGUUUACCAAUUGUCAUCAAUUAUAUACGUGUAACACACCAGUCGCUUUAGGCGUGGUGAAAAUUUUUUGCAAACAAGUCUUUCGGAAAAAUCUCUGUGUGUCAGUACCCAAUUAUCUACUUUAAAUGAUGUUCUCUAAGCGCAGUAUAAUGUACAGUGACGAUUUCUCUCGAGAUUAAAGCUACAGAGAAUCGUAAUCCGCGUGUGUGAGAGCCGUAACGAUCGCAACAAUUUAUAUAUAGGAAUUACUAUGAUCAUUACGGUGUUGCACUCGUAUAUACAUAUAUACGUAUAUAUGUAUAUAUGUAUAUAUAUAUAUAUAUAUAUAUAUAUAUAUGUAUAUAUAUGUACAUAAAGUCUAACUCCAAUAUGGUGCACAACACGCCCCUCGCGAAGCGCUAUACGAUAUAAUGCGAACGCACUUGAAAACCGAAAUACAUUGUACACAUAUGUAUAUUACAUAUUACUGUUAUUACCAUUAUUAAAAUAUAUUAAUUAUUAAUUAGGUAUAUUACUAAUCAAAGUAGGGAUCCAACGAUUGACUCUAUCUGUUAUUUCCAAUUCGCCGACGGCGGUGAUCUUCACAUCGCGCGAGAUCGUCGUUGCUUAUGGUGCUUAAGUCCGGGGGAAAAAAGGCAGAGAAUUUUCUCGAGAUUUUUUUUUCAAGAGGGAGAAUAACUAACAGUCCGCGAGCGCUAGUUCGUCGACUUCGAGCCGUCCAGUUCCGAUUGUGCGAGUAAUUUGCGAGAAAAAGUUUACUCUCCGUCGUAGAAAAGUAUCAAAAAGAACGGAAGAAACGCGACGGUGGAAAGAAGAGUGGCGAUUCGCGUUUCCCUCGGGAACACAACUCUCAGCUCUCAGACUUCAUUUGCCCAAUUAUUCCACCCACUGCGAAUUAAGUAUUUCGCCGCGCCGAAUUAAAACGCGCGAUUAAGAACGCCGUCAUAAUUCCUCGUUAAAUUUAUUAAGGCCGCGAUAAAACGAUGUUUUUUUUUUUAAUUUUCAAUUUUAUUUUACGAUCAAGGAUCGCGCGUGCGCGGUCGUUGUGCAAUUCCUCUCUAUUUGGCACGAAUCUCCGAAUUUUUCGGAGAGAAGCGAACCGCAUCGAUCUCAUGAAAGAAUUUUUAUAGUUAUGCGAAUCAAGUACGGGUGAAAGACGAUGUUCCGGAUUAUUCGAGUGUGGAGGAAACUCGUUUCGUUAUACGCAGUUAUACGUACGAUAAGUCGAUGCGCAGAAUCACGAAAAAUGUCUUAGAAAAAAAGGACAAACGCUCGUAUCGUUCGUAGAUUAAGCCUAGUAUUCCAUUAUUUUCUAACAUGUUAAAUUACACAAUAAUUAGCUGAGUAAAUACAUAGAUUGUACGAGAGGAGGCCUAUAUCGGUUUACUAUAAAUUAUUCUUUCGAUGAAAAAUAGCAUUGCAUUUAUAUGUUUGUUUUGACGUAAUUUACGCUUUGUUUCCAUCAUAUAAAACUCAUUAUUAUUAAUGAUGAAAACUAUAGCAGAAAUAAUGUUCCUAUCUAUAUUUCACAGUUAAAUCUGCAAUUAUUAUUAAUUAAUAAAUUACAAUUAAUAUCAUAUCAUUGAAAUAAAUACAAAACAAUUAUUUAACUCAUUCAACUGUGUUGUGUUUAAUUAACUGGAGAUAAACCGGAUAUUGCGUCAAUUCGGCAUAUAGAGUUAACAUAAAUCUGCCAUUCUUAGCUGCUUGCGCAUUGCGAAUAAUUUCGGGUCGUAUUUCACCGUACCUUUUUAAAUGUUGCUCGUGCUUCUUACGAAGAGAUCGUUUGUGUCGACCGAGAUUUAUGUUCCCAUCAUCGCCUCGCCAGAUUUAUGCACCGGACGACUCGGAUCCGAAACGAACGAUCGCGAUCACCAUGCGGAUGCAUUACGACGAAUUCUCGCGCCACCGGCGGACUUUUAUUCUAUCGAUAAUAUUGGAGCAAUGAAAUCACUGUGAUAUCACUAAAACGCUUUCAAAGUGUGCGACGGGAUUGAAAACGACGCCACGUAAGACUGGCGCGGGCGAGAGUGAGAAAGUGAGAUAGGAAAGAGAGAAAAUGUGGGUGAGAAUGAGUGUGUAAGAGAGAGUUAAAAAUAAGAUGAAAAUAAUAAGAGAAUGUUUUAGAGAUUUACGCUAUAUCGAUUACUAUAAAUUAUUGUAAAGCGUACAUUAUAUAUAAUAUGUAUAUAUACACACAC